ACUGAAGUGCGGCGACACCCUCGCGGUCUCUCGAGGUCUCCAAGUCUCGUCGGUUGCGGGACAGGGAUGACGAUGCUCGACUUCUGGGCAGCGAGAUACGCCGCGUUCCAGCGGCAGCUGCGCCCUCUCCUGUGGUAACAAGCUCGGGGCCGAGCGAGCCGCCGGCACCAGGCACCGCUCGAGGACCGAGCACGCACCGACGGGCGCAGGUCCCGCCAACUCCUUCCGUCGAGAAGGCAGACAGGGGCGGCCGAUUCAGGCACGGACUUCAUUGGCCAGCUUCAUCAAGCGGCUGCGCGCGUCCUGCUUCUCUUGCAGCAUGCAGGCGGCAGCGCAUGGGCACGCCUGCAGCUCAUAAGCUGGAGCUAUACCUCCGCAUCGCUCCUAGCUGCUCCUCCUCUCUCCUGUCGCCAUCACCAUGCCGCAGCGCCAGCCGCGCCGCGACUCGCUCAAGUCGACGACGGGCUCGGUGCACAGUGCCAAGUCGGCGGGCAAGCGUCUCAGCGCCCUUGUGCGCUCGCCGCCCGUCGAGGAGCCGCCGGUGCGCCACAUCGACGACCCACAGUCGGCGCUCGCCGGCGUCGCCCGCCUGCUCACGCGCGACAAGACGCAAGCACGCCGCUACCCGCCCUCGGCACCGUCGAACGCCCGUGCCCGCGACCUGCACAAUGCCGAGCCGGCGCCCGACAGCUCGACGCCAAGCAGCUCCGGCAGUGCGCGCAGCUUCAACCCGCUGCAGCUGCUGCGCAGCGCCUCGAUCAAGAGCCAGCGCAGCGUGCAGGAGCACGAGUCGCAGACGCUCGCCACGUCCGUCGACGUGCCCGCACCGGAGCGACGGCGCAGCUCCAGUCCACCUCGGGCGCCUUCGGCUCAGCGACGCAAGCGCAGCUUUGACGCAGCCAGCAUGCUGAUGCUGCGCAAGCGCUCCUCGGACCCGAACAACACGUCCGAGACACAGCUGCCCGCCAGAUGGACGGAGCGCAAGCAGGAGGCCAAGACGAUCCUGCGCACCGCCUCGCCGCGCAUCAGCGGCAACGGCAAGGCCGCCGUCAGCUUCUCGCCCGCUACGGCACACCGCAGCGAGAGCCGCACGCUGGAAGAGGCGCUGCGCGAGGGCAGCUGGAGCAGCGACUGGUCGCCCACUGCGAUCGAGCACCCGGCAGAGCUGCGCAGCGCCGGCUCCAAGUCGGCCGGCAUGCCCAGCCGCAGUCCUACACGCAGCCUGCCGCGCUCGCCCAACACGUCUCGCGCUGUCCGGCCGUCCACGAGCGACGGCAGCUUCAUGCCACGUGCGCCGCUCGAGCGUGUGGCGCACCUCGACCGUGCAGCGCAGUUCGCAACGCCGCCGAACCGCGCUCGUCCACGCACGCCGCUGAGCGUGCAUGGCGACGCGGCCUCGGUGUGGACACAGUGCAGCGGCCGCAGUGUCACGAGUGCGCGCAGCACGGCCGCUCGUCAGAUUGUCUCGCCAGCGAAGUCGCAGACCACAGGCUGGACGGCCGAGCCCGAUCCGCUGUACAUCGGCCCACGCAUGCCUCGACUCACGCUGCUGCAGGUCGUGCAGGACGACCUCGACGACACCUCGUCAGUCGCUGCAUCGGCCAAGUCGCGCAAUCCGAGCACCAACGGCUCGGCGCGCGAAAGCAUGAAGAGCCACACCAGCGACUCGUCUCAGCCGGACCGUCUGCGCCACUCGACGAGCGUGUCGGAGCGCCUCAACUCGCUUGUCAACAGCGCGGCCUCGGCCAUCGGCCUCUCGCCGCGCAAGUCGGCCGGCACGUCGUCAGAGCGCAGCGGACAGCUGAGCAGCUCGUCCUCGCUGCGUAGCCAGCAGCGCUCACCGUCGAAGUCAAUCGAGCGCAGGUCCAUGGCCGCGCCCGUUGCGACCCGCCGACCCAUGACGGCACCGCACGAUGCCGGCAGCAAGCCGUUUGCCUACAUCCCGAACCACCUGACGCGCGAAGAUGUCAACAACUACAUCGACGUCGGCCUCCGCUCGCCGCUGCUCGCAGCGCUGUCCACCGCGACGCUGAGCAUGCGGACCAUGUCCGUCGACCUGCCUCUGUCUGCCGUGUCCACCGACAUGCCCCUCUCGCCGCGCUCUGGCACCUCCAGUGUCGACCCGCGCGACACCUCGCGUCUCUCUGCCGCUUCGGUCUCGACGCGCGGCCAAUCACGCCUCUCUGCCGCCUCGACGCACUGCUCGUCGCGCACUGGUGACAUGUUCCUGAGCGCCGACACCCAAGACGACGAGUUUGCACAGGCUGGGCCAUUCCGACGGCCGAGCGAAGAGGAGGAUCGUGUUGCGGAGGCAAAGAGCGAGGCCGACGGCGCAGAAGAAGCACAUACGACGCCGCGUGCUCGUGAGAUGCCGCUUCUUGACCUCUCGACAGACUCGGGCAUGCAAGAGCAGAGGUGAGUGACAAGUCUCUCGGCAGCGACAGACCUUCGCUAAGCAUCAGCAGCUAUGAUGUGCCCGAGCAGGAGCGGGAGGCGUCGCCAGAGCCCGUCGGUACUGUGGUGCCGAGCCCGAGAGAAGAUGGUGC